CUUCAAAUUAUAGUUAAAUUCAGAUAACAAAAUUUUUGUUUUUUGUAAGUCAAGAUGUCCCUCCCUCGAUAAUUUAAAGAUCGCAACAACUACCUUUCAGGGCAUCAGUUGUAAAUUUUGAAUAUAUUACCGUAACUUCUAAAAGAAAGAAAGCUGGUUAACAUUAUUGGUAGAAAUUUCAGGAAAAUGCAAACUGUCAAAAAUUUUACGUACGAUGUUUGGAGCACUGUUUCUGAAACUUUCGUUGUUUGAUCUCAAGAGAAACAGGAAAUCGUGGUUUGACGGCCACCUUGCUAUCAUCCUCUGUGACUCAAAUGAUCUCAUCAUUGUCCGGAAGGUACCGGUCCUACCACAUCCAAGGACAAGAUUUUCUGGAGAUGAUAAGGGGUUUCAAGAUAAUAGGAUGCAGAGGAUGGGGACCACAGAAGAUGAGGAAGAAGAAGAAGAGGAAGAUGAUAAAUCAAGUGAACAACACUUUCUGAACUCGAGACUGAUCUGCGCAGCUUGUCAUCUGACGAUCAGUUCCACGAAUCUCGGUGAUAAUAACGACCAUUAUGAGCAAGCUCUUGCCUGUUCACAAGGACAUCUUCUCUGUCAUCGCUGUGUGCAACGUUUUGCUAUCCAAUCGGACAUGGGAUGCCUCCUGUGUGUAGCAGAAUCACAAAAAUCACCCUCGACGUGUUCAAGAUCAAGUAGUAGCAAUCAUAGUUUUGAAAAUGUGCAUAGCAGGUCAUCUUCUGUGCCUCAGGAAGAACAUGUGCAGCCAAAAAAAACGGAAGAGAUAUAUGCGAUUCCUCGAACUCGAUACCCUCCAUCUUUGCCGACUGCAUCAACGAGAAGACCACAAUUUGAUGGUCUGCACAGGACAGAUUCAAGAUAUGAGUGGGGCACAGAAUACGGAGACCCCAGAGAAGAUCGUUUCGGUUAUGAAAUCAGACAGUGUCAACAGAAGAGCAACUGCAGCCUAAUCAGGAAAGAUGAACCGGAAGCUUCUAAUUCAGAAAAGAGAGUAAAUGGACAAAUGGUCUCAGACUGCUCACGACGACCAAUUCGAUGUCCACGUCUCGACUGUGCCAUGACUGUAGCUUUAUCAGCCUUGACUCAUCAUUUUCUCUUUGAUCAUCCUGAGGUUCCAAUCCUGAGCGUUGAACCUGGAGCCAAAAGUACUUUGAUAGUUAGCUUCAAUGCUCUUACUUCUGGCACAAGCAAGUGUCUUGCUCUUUUGCUUGUCUCUGGUAAACUAUCAGGUGCUGCAGCAAACCUAUUCAACGGAAGUCAAAUCCAUGCGAAAUAUCGAAACAGACUGCCUCUUCCAGUCCUCGCUGCUCGUUUGAAAUCUACUAAUCAGCCCGGAAUUCAAAAUGCAAUCAAAGCCGGUGGAGAAGGUCAAACCCCAGGAGACGUGAUAAUAGCCUGGGUCGCAGGUCUCGACUUUGGAAGUUCUGUUUUAAGACCCUUACGUUGCAGUCUCCAAGCAGUUGACAAUAUAGAAUCUGAGGGACUUCGAUCACUGACAUACACUGGACCAAUCAAUUCCCUACGAACAGCUCAAAAGCCCUAUGAAGUUUUCUUGUCUGGUGACUGUCUUGUUCUUCACGAAGGGCUCGUAAACCAGAUUUCUUCCGGUUCAGCGAGUCUUAAUGUUAAUGUAAUUGUUCAUUAACUCCUCGUCUCUGCUCACACCGUUCAAUUCUGAUGUUUUCUUUCAAACCAAAAAAGCAUCUAUAAUGAAUAACAAAUUCAAUUUGGAAGAGAUCAUGGACAUCGAGAAUCGCAAAUUUUCACCAGACGGGAACUGAUUAACUGUUAGCGAGGAGAUUGUAUAGAAAAAGUUAUUAUUAGAAAAUAGUUAUAAAAGUAGGAUACAAAAUUAUAAACCGUAAUAAUUAUAGACUGGUCAUAGCAGGUGGACGGGCAUACGCCUUGGGAAUGAAUCCAUAUUUUCGUGUCUUCGGUGCAUAUGCCCAAAGCCACCCAUCCACCGUUUGAUUUCCAAGAUCGGCAUAAAUCCAAUCGGCUCGCCUCACGGAUAAAUCAUCCGGCGCCUGCGCCUUAUAGUCAUAAAGCACGACUAACUCCGUUCCCGACGUCUCAUCCCGGAAGUCCCUCAAAUCCUUCUGCUGCAACUGCUCACUUCCAGAGACGUUCCCAUUGCUUGCGCCUGCAAUUCAAGCAAGAAUCUUGACGAUUUUUCUAGUUUUAGGAAAGUGUAUUGUUAGAUUGUAAAUGUCCAGUAUCAGUGUGUGUAUUUACUAUAUACUUGUACUCCGGUCAAAAAUAAUAAAACGCAUUCAUG